AUGGGUCUCUUCUCUAGUUUCCUCGACUCGUUCUGCGAGCACUGCUCCUCCCAGUCCAUCUAUACCCUGGUGGCCGUCGGCGCCUUGUCCUUCAUCGCUCUCUCCGUCGUGGUUAACGUUCUGCGCCAGCUGCUAUUCAAGAGCCCUCACGAGCCCCCCGUUGUCUUCCACUGGUUCCCCUUCAUUGGCAGCACCAUCAGCUACGGCAUCGACCCCUACAAGUUCUUCUUCAACGCCCGCGCAAAGUACGGCGAUAUCUUCACGUUCGUGCUCCUCGGCAAGAAAACCACCGUCUAUCUGGGCACCAAGGGCAACGACUUUAUUUUGAACGGCAAGCUGCGCGAUGUCUGUGCGGAGGAAGUGUAUUCUCCCCUAACGACCCCCGUGUUUGGUCGCCAUGUGGUCUACGACUGCCCCAACUCCAAACUCAUGGAGCAGAAGAAGGCAAUGGACAAUUUUGUCGAAACCUCCCACUGGUUCCAGGAGCCCAAAGGCACCUUCAACGUCUCCAAGGCAAUUGGUGAGAUCACCAUCUACACCGCGUCGCGCUCGCUGCAAGGAAAGGAGGUUCGGGAUAGGUUUGACUCGACCUUCGCGGAUAUGUACCACGACCUCGAUAAGGGCUUUGCGCCAAUCAACUUCAUGCUGCCGUGGGCACCUCUCCCUCACAACCGCAAGCGCGAUGCCGCGCAGAAGCGGAUGACCGACACGUACAUGGACAUCAUCAAGGAGCGCCGGGAGGCCGGUGUUCAUAGGGAAGAGGAUGAUAUGGUGUGGAAUCUCAUGUCCUGCGUUUACAAGAAUGGCACUCCUGUCCCUGACGAAGAAGUUGCUCACAUGAUGAUUGCGCUCUUGAUGGCCGGCCAGCACUCUUCGUCCUCCACCGCUGCCUGGAUCGUCUUGCGCAUGGCCACCUGCCCCGAAAUCAUGGACGAACUGUAUGAGGAGCAGAAGCGGGUCCUGGGCUCCGACCUCCCUCCUCUUACUUAUGAGAGUCUGCAGAAGCUGGACCUGCACGCCAAGGUGAUCAAGGAGACGCUUCGCAUCCACGCACCUAUCCAUUCGAUCAUCCGCGCCGUCAAGAACCCCAUGCCCAUUGAAGGAACCCCCUAUGUCAUCCCCACCAGCCACAAUGUCCUCUCCUCUCCCGGCGUCACGGCCCGGUCAGAGGAGUUCUUCCCCAACCCGCUCAAGUGGAGCCCUCACCGCUGGGACGAGACCACCGUGGCCGAGGAUAAGGAUGAAGAGAAGAUCGAUUACGGAUACGGUCUGGUCACCAAGGGCGCGAACAGCCCGUAUCUGCCCUUCGGCGCCGGUCGUCACCGCUGCAUUGGCGAGCAAUUUGCCUAUGUGCAGCUGGGCACCAUCCUGGCUGCCUUGGUCCGGCAUUUCAAAUUCUCCAACCCUCCUGACCGGUCUUCUAUCCCGGACACGGACUACUCGGUAAGUCUUAUACUCAUACUCAUGUGUGGAAUGUCAUCCGCUAACUAA